AUGGGUGUUGUUGCAAUUCUAGAUCCUAGCUAUAAGCUUGAUGGGUUUGAAUAUAAGUUUGCUAGGGUAUGUGAAGAUCCUAAUGAAUGCACAAGGAAAGUUGAGAGAAUCAAACAGGCAUGUUAUGAGUUACUUCAUGAAUAUCAAAAGAAUACAUCUAAUUCAAGCAAUAUGUCAGUGGAAUCUACACAAGAACUUAGGGUUAAUAUAGAUAAAGAUGAUGAUGUUGGUUAUCAAUUGUAUACUAGACAAAAGAAGAAGGAAAAAGGUUCAUUUGUGAAGACGGAAUUUGAUCACAUAUUAGCUUGGUGGAAGUUCUUAGUUUUUUUGGCAGUUAGGUGUGGCAAAAAAAUCGGAUUAGGUGAAGUUGAAGUUAUGGAAAAUAUUGCAAAUUUGCAAGUAUAUUAUAACGGUGAAGUUAUACCAAACACACAUGAAGAAGUAACUUUUGUUUGUGAAUGUCUGUUGUCAUUUGCUAUUCCAUGUGACAUGAGUUUUGUCGAGUUGCAAAAUGGGUUUUGUAAUAUCAUUCAAAGCCACAUUUUGAAAAGGGUGAGCAACCUUUUAUACAGAAGUCCUGUGCAAGUAUUUGGUGAGCUAAUACAGUUUCAAUUAAUGCCCAUCAGUGACGAUGCCAGUAUGCAACAGAUGUUCUGUAUUUAUCAACAAACCCAAUUUCACGUGCCGAUGAUAGAGCUGUACGUUGAGUUUGAACAGCAGUCAGCGUUGGGUGCGGUCGGUAAGGAGGUCAAUGUUGAUGAGCUCGGGGAUAUACAUUGGGAAGAAGAUAAUAAUAACAGUGAAAAGGAGUUCGAAGCUAACUAUGAAGUCGAUGACAAAAACGAUGACGGCGACUUGGCAGGCAAUUCGAAGGUGCAAAAUGAAGCGAAUGCGAUUGUAAGCCAGCACCUGUUUGGUGUUCCAUCUUUUAUGCGGACUCUAGAUCUCGAAGCCAUGCAUGCCCCGGAAUUUCCUAAGUUUGCGAAUACGGGUGAAGGCAACGUUGCGGCGGAAGAUGGCGAGUUUAGUGUUAGAAUGGAAUUUGGUUCGAGAGAGUCGGUGAUAUCUGCAAACAAAAGCUACACUAUCUCGAGAGCUGUUGAUUACACUGUGUAUGAGUCUGAGCCGCAGACAUUCUAUGCGAAAUGCAAGGGGUAUGGAGAUCAGAGAUACAAUGGCAAGAACACGUGCACUGUGGGCACGAUUUCACAAGAUCAUGCCAAGUUGGACUCAGACACAAUUGCGGAUGCCAUUAGGCCGUUGGUCGAAUCAGACCCCUCGUUAAAGGUGAAGUCUGUUAUUACAGAAGUUCAAUCCAGGUUCAACUACACUGUGAGUUACCACAAGGCUUUGUUGGCAAAGCAGAAAGAUGUUGUCAAGGUUUUUGGUGAUUGGAAAGUUUCUUACUAG